CAUUGACAGGCACAUUGCGUGUUCUCAGGAAGCGAGACUCCGGUCCCUGCAGAAAGCCUGGCCGCGCAUGCUAUGCUAUGCCACGAUAGCGUGGAAUUCUAGUAUUGCAUCAAAAUAUAAUAAUGAGUGCAAAGUUUUAAAGGAACUGCGAGGAGUUUGCGUCACAGCAGUUCCUUUUGACAAUCUAAAGCAGAGAAAGCAAGGUUAUAGGUCAUGCUCAUUUAACUUCAGCACAUUUCAGGUAACUAGUAACUAGUAGGAACUACAGAACCCCGGGGGUGAGGCGGGCAUCAUCUCCGAUGACGCCCGAAGAGUAAGGGCCCUUACUGUGCGAAGACAUGCUUGGCUCCAGCAAUAUAUAUAGCACCUGAAAUCCCGCGAAACCCUUGGAAAAGGGACCCCCAGGGGACCUCCGUGGCAUUCCAGGGCACGGUCGCGUGUCGAAGCACGUCGGGCACUAGGCGUCUCAAAGCUCGGCGCUGUGGUGGGCCUAGGCACUGGCGGCGACGACACAUGCACACAGUUAUGGCUUUGCAAUUCCGCGUGCGGCAGACGGCAGUCCCGGGCCGCUUUGAAGCCGGUCUCUUCUAUCAAGGCGUCUCGAAGCCGGGGGCUGCGUCGGUGCAAAGCCAUUGGCGUUUGCGCCAUCUGCUCCUUACAGUCCUAAGCACAGCUGGCAAAUGGGCUCGUAGACUGCAAACUGGCUUUGUUAUGUUGGGUCGAGGCAGGCGGGCCAUCAGCGACUCAGAAACAAGCUCGGGGCAUCGAUGGGCGCACGACAGUCGCGGGCUGCUUUGAAUCCGGUCUCUUCAAGCAUGGGCCAUAACUUCCUGAGCUUGGAAGAUUACACGCCACCUGACUGGGCGAGCGGCAUACCUCUGGCACCCAGCCGCCGCUUCCGUCUGGGCAUGUUGCCCACACCCAUCCACGAGUGGCGGCUGCCUGGGCUUCCGGAGGGCGUGAGGGUGCUGGUGAAGCGAGACGACCUCAGCGGCAUGCAACUCAGCGGCAACAAGGUGCGCAAGCUGGAGUUCCUGCUGGCGGCCGCGGCGGCGGGCGGCCACGACUGCGUCGUCACCAUCGGCGGCAUCCAGUCCAACCACGCCCGCGCCACCGCCGUGGCCGCACGCUACCUGGGACUGGACUGCCACCUCAUACUGCGCACCAGCAGACAGGACGUGGACAGUGACCCCGGGCUGGUGGGGAACCUGCUGGUGGAGAGGCUGGCGGGCGCGCAGCUGCACAUGGUAACCAAGGAGGAGUACGGCGCUGUGGGCAGUACGGCACUGCUAGAGCAGCUGGCACUGGAGCUGCAGGCGGCCGGCAAGAACCCGUACGUCAUUCCUGUGGGCGGUUCCAGUGCACUGGGCACGUGGGGGUACCUGCAGGCAAUCGAUGAGAUCAUUCAUCAGUCUCGCGAGAUGGGUGAGACCAUCACGGACAUCGCAAUGGCGUGCGGCAGCGGCGGGACCACGGCUGGACUGGCGCUGGGGUCGCAUCUCAGCGGCCUGGGCGCACGCGUGCACGCCUACGGCGUGUGCGACACGCCCUCCUACUUCUAUGACUACAUCAACGGCCUCUUUCAAGGCCUGGGACUGGAGGUGCCUGCUGGCUCGCCCGGGGGAGGAGCGCAAACCCGCACCCAGCCGCAACAAGGAUCGGCGGAGGGCGGCGCAGCCGGUGGGCAGCUGCUGCUGCUGCAACAGCAGCAGCCGGAUGAGGCGCUGGCGGUGCAGUCGCUGCUGCGUGCGGUGCAGGCGCGCGGGGCAGGCUACGCCAUAAGCACUGAGGAGGAGCUGGCCACAGUGCAGGCUGUCGCCGCCGCCACGGGUGUGGUGUUGGAUCCAGUGUACAGCGGCAAGGCCGUACACGCGCUGCUGCGGGAGGUGCGGGCCGACCCGGGCGCCUGGCGGGGGCGCACAGUGCUGUUCGUGCACACGGGCGGACUGCUGGGUAUGUACGACAAGCUGGAUCAGCUGGGGCCGUUGGUGCAGGCCCGUGGGGCGGCCGUGAGCCGUAUGCAGGUGCAGGCGCCGCCGCGGGAGUAGUAAUGGGAGGGGUGGUGGCGGGAGGAGCGGCCGAGUGAUCCGAUGGCGACAUGGCUGUAGAGGAUGUGACUGGGUUUGGAUCUGGAGGGUGGGGUUGAAGUGCUGAGAUGCUGCGAAGGGGGUGGUGUCUAGGCUGACAAGGAGUAAGGGAUAAGCUCUGGACUUCCCAUCAGAACGUGUUACAAUGGUGGGCAAGUUUGUUACUUGUAAAACUCCUCUGCU